GCGUCUUCGCGAUAACACCCUGUUAUCUACGACAGUAAAAACUUUGCUCAUUGUUUGUUUGUAUGCGAGUAGAAUCUUAAUUGGCAGCUAGCGAUCUCUUUCUACGUGCCCUGUGUUUGGAUAGCGAUUGAAGACUCGUGAGGAAUUUUUUAGUGAGAAGAGAGCAGGAGAGCGCGACGAGGUCCGGGGGACAAUCUCCUGCACAGCAGCUGAUUGCGAUAUUCGCAUGAGAAUAUUGCCACAUUGGAGCGUUGAAGGACUACGUACAUACGCAAUAUGACAAAUGUGGGAUGAUGGAUUUGAAGACGAGUGUGGUAUAUGUGGCGGUAUUGCUGACGCUGACCGCGAGUCAGAGCACUGGGCCAUGUCCCCCCGAAGCGUCAGAUGGCGCACAGAUUGAGCUGACCUGCCUUCUUCCGAGUGGCACAGAGAUAGAGCUCGAUUGGCGUGCUCGUAAAUAUGUCACGCUCGAAUGUGACAGCAAGGGCAGCUUCGCAUGCGCCGAAUUACCGAAAGUAUCACCAAAGUCAGCACCACCAACGAGGGCUAUGCUCAAAAAUUGUGUGCUGCCUGUUAAUGAGUCACUUGCUUGCACAUUGCAAACACUUGGCGCACCCGCUGCCACUUCGCUUACCCUGCGUGGCGUCUCAGCUAACGAUCUCACAUUCGAACAUGUCCACGGGCUGGUAAACCUAUCAACACUCACGCUAGUGGGCUCAAGUUUUACACAUCUACCAACAGCCGCUUUAGCAGCUCUGCCAACGUUACGAAAAUUAACAGUGCGUGAAGCGCGCUUGCACCUAACCUCUGAUUCUCUAUUGGGAGUAUCGGGACUGGAAUAUCUGGAACUAUCCGCGAGUGAUAUUAAAGAGCUUAAUGCAAGUGUCUUUCGAGAACUCGAGUCGCUGCACACUCUAAAUUUGUGGGGUAAUGAACUACGUGCAUUACAGACUGGCACUUUAGAAGGACUAAACGCGUUAGAUACUUUAGAUCUGAGCUCUAAUCCUUUGCACUCAUUGGGUGAUGGAGUGUUAGCGGCAGCGAAAAACCUGAGGGUGUUGCGACUGGUAGAUACAGAGUUAUACCAAUUAGAUGAGCCGGCAUUACAUAAUCUAAACUCGCUUGAGGAAUUAGUAGUGCUAGAUGUACGAAAACCACUGAAAGUGGGGUCACGCUCAUUGGCACUGCCGAAGUUACGCCUGGUAGAAUUGGAGCGGUGCAAGUUGUCGAUACUAACUGGUGAUACUCUAUCAGGCGCACGUUCGCUACGUUCGCUAUCUUUGUCACACAACGCAUUAGAAACGCUACCAUCAGAGCUAUUGAGCGACUCCGUCGAGUUGCGCGCACUUAAUCUUAGCCACAAUGCCCUGAAAUCUUUGAUGCCGGCACUAUUUCAGCCGCUAUGGCGCCUGGAAGAACUUAACCUUGACGACAACCAAAUUGAAGAAUUUUCAGAUGCUAUGUUCGAGAAUCUGGGCGUGUUGCGUUCGCUGUCGGCUCGCAACAACCGCUUGCGCGUGCUGUCACCCACCGCGUUUCGAGGAGCGCGUUCCCUGCAAUAUUUGGAUUUAGCUCACAAUGAGCUAACAUUGCGAUCUGCUGACACCAUAGAAACGCCAAUAGACGGCUACAUGGACUUUGGGGAAGGACGGUCAUCACCCAUGUAUGAGCUAAUAGCGAUGCAGCACUUGGAUCUCGGGCACAACCUUAUCAAUGAAGUAUUCUAUGACUGGCGUAAUUCCAUGUUAAAUCUAAAGCUGCUCAAUUUAACAAAUAACCGCAUCGAGUUUCUGGAGAAUCCUGACAUAAACUUCCUUAGUCAAGACGUGACAGUCGACUUCAGAUAUAACCAAAUAGCAACGAUUCAGGUCUUACAAAGGGAGCUAGAAGCUCGCGUGAAUGAUGAUGAAAGAAAUACAGGAAGGGGUCGCCUGUUAGUCGACGGAAACCCUUUCAAUUGCGACUGUUUUACGUACUCGCUAUUGCAAUUUAUCAACAGUCCAAGUUACGAACAUAUAUUCCCGAUGCUAACGCUUGAUGCUGCCAUUUGUGCCUCACCACCUGCACUAGCAAACACCACAGCACGUGCGGCGCCUCUCGAUAAACUUACCUGUGAGUUGCCAUCACCGAAGUGCCCGGACAACUGCAACUGUACCUUGAAUCCUGCCCACCGAGCAAUCAACCUUGAUUGUAUCGACCCACCAAUAAAUGUUCCUGCGCCUUAUGAAUUUGGAUUUGGACUCAAUCGUACUGUUCUGCGUCUGCAACGUGCGCCUGUGUCCCUCAAUCUAUCGCUGCCAGUGCACGAACUCAUACUUUCUGGACUUGAUCUAAAGGUGCCUCCGCCAGGACCUGCUCCGCCCGAACUAAAGCUACUUGAUCUCACCAAUAACCUACUGACAGAGGUGCCACCGGCAUUAGGCUUCAAGCUACGCCUAGCCCGCAACCCUAUCGCAUGUGACUGUGCACACUCUGCGGACCUUGUAGCUCUACAUAAAUCAGCAGACAGCGUAAGUGAUUAUAAUAUCACAACGUGCGCGCACGGCGGUCUCUUGCAACUAAACUCGGACGCGAAUUUAUUAUGUGCGAGAACUAAAGCAGCAUGGGCGGCAGGAAUUGGUGGCACAUUGGCACUGCUAGGUGUGCUAGCUACCGUUGUAGCAAUUUUAUGGCUGCGUUACCAAAACGAGAUCAAGGUGUAUCUUUUCGCACGAGGCUGGUGUGGUUGCCUCACACGAUCGGCUAAAGAAGCGCCUGCCAAGUACGAUGCGUUCUUGUCAUUUUCACACAAGGAUGAAGAAUUUGUGGUGCAUAAGUUAGUGCCAGAGCUGGAGAGAAGAGGAUAUCGCCUUUGCGUACACUAUCGCGACUGGGCGCCGGGCGAGUCUAUUGCGGAGCAUGUGUCACGUUCGGUGCUUGAGGCCAGACGCACAUUGGUAGUGGCAUCGCCUGGCUUUUUGACCUCUGAAUGGGCUCGAGCUGAGUUCCGGGCAGCCCAUGCACGUGCGCUUAGAGAGGGCCGCGCUCGUGUUAUAGUUAUAUUGCUGGGAGAAUUGCCAGCGCCCGACGCUAAUGCGCAAGAAGACGAUUUGCGCACUUACCUCCGUACAAACACCUAUCUAAAAUGGGACGACCCUUGGUUUUGGCAGAAGUUGCAGUACGCAUUGCCGCAUCGCCCUCUUGGAGAUAGCAAAGAAGCUCUACCACCUGCAUCCAGGACUAUCUCAGCAGAUGCCCUUCGUGCUGCCCUAGCAGUUCACCUGGAACAUAAAGAUAAAUUAUCAAAUGAACUUCAACCACGGCUUUUGCCUCCACCAGCAUUAUAGCGACUAGUGUUAGAGUAAAUAA